AUGACGCGCGCACGCGUCGGCUUUGAUCCGGAAAACGUAGGUGAUCGACAAAAGAUAGACCACUUGCUUCCUGGUCGUGCAGCUCCUGCAACCGGGAACAAGGCAAGUCCAGCGAAGCGGAAAAAUGCGCUUUUGCCUAGUGGUGGAAGGAUAAGGGACAAGUCUGAAGAUACGAAAAACUUUUACAAAAGGCUUCGAUUCCACCUGAAAACUCCAUUGGAGCUACUUCUGGAAGACCAGACUGCUCAAGGUAGCGCAGAGGGACAACAAGGAGCUCAAGGACGACAGGCUGGCGUCGGAGGGGUGGCAGGACCAGCACCUGGAGGUGCCUUUCAGUCCCAUGAGCAACAACCCCUUUCAGGACCAGUUUCAGGCACAACACGCGAAGCAGGUGGUGGGGCCGCGGAGCCACCUGGUGCUCCAGCAGGCCAACAAGGUCGAAAAAAUCUAAAAUUCGAUAUUGAGGAUCCUAGUGAGCCCAUGAGUUUCGCGCAAGCGCAGCGUCUGCCCGAACUCGAUGUCAGUGGCCGGACACGAGAACUAGCCGACGCCGUUUUUCACAAGGUCCGGCCGGAUGCGGACACGCAAGCUGACAUCGACGCAUUGGCACAGCACUACCUGCGGAACAGCUACAUGCCAGAUAAUAUCCUGC